UAAAUAGCAUCAUAUUUUUUUUUAAAUACAGCCGCACGGACGUGCAGGUCAAAAUCUAGUUCUAAUUAAUGCACCUGCUGAAUUAAAAUGGUUAACCACCUACGUAAAGUGUUAGGUGUUUUCCAUGUGAAUGAUACGUAAGAGAGAAUCAAGUGGACUACUGGACCGAAGGAGAUUUAAUUAACUGAUAGAUACACACCGAAAUAAACUAGUGUUUAGUGGAAACAAAAAUCUUCAAGUAAUAUGCUGUUUGGAAGGAACCUAAUGGCAGAAGAUUCGGUGAGAAGCCUAAAUCAGCCUCGGUUCUUAUAAGAAUCAUAGAUAAGCAAGUUCGAAACCACAUCACCAGCAUGAAACAUCGAGAGUCAUCAGCCUAUCGAAAAGCAAUGGAACAUGGUUUUCUUUACGAUAAAAAAUUCUAAAGUGAUGUAUAUCUAUUGAUUUCGAUUUUCUCUCCUUAUUCAUCUAAUUUAAUAUGAUAUCAGAAUCAGAUCCACAUAAUCCAAUCUGAUCUAUAACGUUUUGGUCCAUCAAUCUUUAUCUAAAUAUUCUGAAAUGACAAAGUCUUCCACAUAAUUAGUUGGAACGAUCCUGUGAAACUUAACAUAUGAUAACGAUCAAGUUGAUUUGAUAGAUUUAUCCAACAUGUAGAGGAUUUGUAAGUCGUGAUUAUGAUGGAAACGCCUUUGCAAGUGUGACUAGGAUCUAGAUCAAAACACUUUUUUCUUUUGUAGCUUGUACAAAACACAUUUACAAUAAGCCCUUUACACAUUUAACAUUAACGAGCUUAUUUAGAGAAAAAAACUAGAAUCUUAUUUAUAUCGGCUGGUCCAUAAUAUGUUAGUCCAAAAGAGAAUCUAAAUUAAAUGAUCUCUUGUCCCGCAUAACCUAAUUAAUAAAAUCAAGUCGUCGGAACUAGCCUGUUCUUUUCCUCCUUUUAAAAUUGUUAAUGGCGGAAUCAACCUGUUGCAGUGAAUAUCUAUACUAGCUAAUCAGAUAGUUUUGAAUUUUUGUUUUUAAUAAAUAAAUACUGACGCAUGUUUAUUGCAUUUUGUGAUAAAAAAAACUAUUACAGAUAUACAAAUAAGGAAGAGCUGACAAAUUCCGUUAUACAGCAAUUUAAUUUUAAUAUCUUUUGUCAUAGAGCUCGCGAAAUGUACUGAGAUAACUAAUAUUCUGCGAUGAAUGAAUUCAAAACACGUUAGUGUUUUAGAUAGAGAUCGUUGAUGCAUGCCUCUCGCAUGCUCGUUAUGUAUCAUUCAAACCCAAAGAAUUCAAUCAUCGAUCUCAAUAUUUUUUUUUGCCAAAAGAUCUCAACGUAUCAUAUAUUAAGAAGUCAUCGUUGAUAUCAUGAGAGAUCAUCACAAAGAAUCUAGAAAAGGUCAUACAAUAAAAUAUGUCAACGCAAAGGCUACCGUAUUAGCCGGUGACCUACUUACUUCAACCGUGGAGUUAUAUAAUAAAACGUAACUCAAACCAUUUUCAGACCAAAAGAGCAUCACAAAACAAAUCAAAUAUUUUGAGUUACAAACCCUUAGAGCAUGGAGAUAUCGAGGAGGGAACAUGUUUCAUCAGUCCACCAGUGUCUAAGCGUGAGCUUCCACGUCUCUCUCAUGAUGGUACGUUGUGCAAAACAGGCCAGCCGAAUCUCCAAGAAGCUUAAACUCAAAGAACGUCCUAAGGAGCUUUUGACGACUUUAAGCAAAAAGGCGAAGAGUAUUGCUGGCCGGAAGAAAAAAGCUUACGACGGCUGUGGUGGUACAAAAGCAAAGACGGCGGUGGAAAUGGUGAUGGAGGAGGAAGAGGAGGAGGAAUAUGGCAUUUGGCAGAGAAAGAUUUUAAUGGGAGACAAAUGUGAGCCGUUGUGUUAUUCCGGCGUGAUCUUCUACGAUUGUCGUGGACAUCAAGUAAAGGAACUGCCUCCGAGAUCGCCAUGUUCCAUUUGGGUGCCGGAACAGCCGAGACGUUCGUAUGUCGGGUCGGUAUUAAGCUCGACGGAAGAGGAAUUUGACUGAUGUUCUGUUUGGUGUGUCAUCAUGACUCAUGAGGUGAGUGGUGAUUAAACUCGCUAGAAGUUACGUUAAUCCCUUGUGAUUGGUAGAUGGUAUCAAAUAUUUUAUGCAGAUUAUUGUGUAAUCUAUUUGGCAAACUAAUAAAGAUCUAGUGACGAAAACAAUACUAUAUAAUAAAACGCUAUGUUUCCUUAUCAACCGUUCAUUACUCUCGUCGUUUCUUUGAAAAAAUAUUAUAUAACCCGAAAGCCAUUUUGAAGUCUUAAAAGAAAGUAAAUUAACUCGCCAACAAAAAUGAGAAAUACUUGGGUUCACCCCCUAGGGUGAACCUCUAGGUUCACCAACCAAUAGUGUUUGAGUAUUUGAUAUUUGAUAUCUUUUAAAAAAGGAAAUAAAAUUGAAUAUC